AUGGCGGCACUUCCGUUAUCUUCCAGGGCAUAUUUCGACGGGAUAUAUAUCCCCGCUGGUCUAUUGGUGUUUGGAACAUUUAUUGUUAAGAAGGAAUGGACGCCCGCUGCAGCUCUCGUUGCAAUUGUUUUGGGGUUGAUCAAGUACUACCGCUCGCUACCUAAGGUGGUUUUGAAACCAGAUGUUUUCCAAGAAUUCGAAUUGAAGGAGAAGACAAUCAUCUCUCACAAUGUCGCCAUCUACCGGUUCUCCCUGCCCGCUCCGACAUCCAUCCUCGGUCUCCCAAUCGGCCAGCACAUUUCAAUUGGUGCCGUCCUCCCGCAACCCGAUGGUGCUACUAAGGAGAUUGUGCGAUCAUACACUCCUAUCUCUGGUGACCACCAACCUGGCUACUUCGACCUCCUUAUCAAGUCGUACCCGACCGGUAAUAUCUCGAGGCACAUGGCAUCGCUUGCCGUCGGCCAGACGAUUCGUGUAAGGGGACCCAAGGGUGCUUUCGUCUAUACCCCUAACAUGGUCCGUCAUUUCGGAAUGGUUGCUGGCGGUACUGGUAUCACUCCCAUGCUCCAAGUUGUCAGGGCCAUUAUCCGAGGACGACCCACAGGCGAUCGAACUCAGGUGGACUUGAUCUUCGCCAAUGUUACUGAGCAAGAUAUCCUAUUAAAGGAAGACCUCGAUGCCCUAGCGAAGGAGGAUUCCGGUUUCAGAGUCCACUACGUCCUCGACAAGCCUCCUGAGGGAUGGACCGGCGGCGUUGGUUUCGUCACUGCUGACAUGGUCACUAAAUGGCUACCCAAGGCUGCUCCGGACGUCAAGAUACUGCUCUGCGGCCCACCGCCCAUGAUUGGCGGCCUAAAGAAGGCAACGGAGAGCCUCGGCUUCCAGAAGGCCCGCCCCGUCAGCAAGCUAGAAGACCAGGUAUUUGCCUUCUAG